AUGGUUCUUUUAGGAUGGCUUGCGACUGGUAAUAUGAAUGAUGCACGAAGUGACCAUACAGCGUCUGUAUUACGAAAUGGAAAAGUGUUAGUUACUGGUGGAUCUAAUUAUAGUUUAUACUUAAAUAGUGCCGAAUUGUAUGAUCCAUCAACAGAAACUUGGACAACGAUUGAUAGUAUGAAUAAUGCACGAUCUGUACACACAGCAUCCGUAUUACCAAAUGGAAAAGUAUUAAUUACUGGUGGAUAUGAUGGUAGUUUAUAUCUAAAUAGUACUGAGUUGUAUGAUCCAUCAACAAACACUUGGACAACGACUGGUAGUAUGAAUAGUGCACGGUAUGUACACACAGCCUCCAUAUUACCAAAUGGAAAAGUAUUAAUUGCUGGUGGAUAUGAUGGUAGUUUAUAUCUAAAUAGUGCUGAGUUGUAUGAUCCAUCAACAGGACUUUGGACAGUGACUGGUAGUAUGAAUCUUGAACGAUAUUCGCACAAAGCAUCGAUAUUAACAAAUGGAUAUGUGUUAAUUGCUGGUGGAUGGGAUGGAUAUUCUUUUCUGAAUACUUCUGAGUUGUAUGACCCAUCAACAGGAACUUGGACAACGACCGGUAGUAUGAAUAAUGCACGAUAUUCGCACACAACAUCAGUAUUACCAAAUGGAAAAGUGUUAGUUACUGGUGGAUAUGAUGGUAACUCGUAUCUAAAUAGUGCUGAGUUGUAUGAUCCAUCAACAGGACUUUGGACAGCGACUAGUAGUAUGAAUAGUGCACGAAGUGAACAUACAACAUCGAUAUUAACAAAUGGAGAUGUGUUAGCAACUGGUGGAUUUAUCAAUAUUUUUCUAAGUACUUCAGAAUUGUAUUAA